CUCCAACGCUCUUUCAGCUUCGCUCCCAACAACCGCCUCUCCCUCGACGCAUCCGCCUUCUCAACGCAUUAUCAGUAGCAGCACACCAUGGGUGGCCCCAAAUACCACAACGUUCCUCAACGCGAUUCCCUGGACGAGCAGGGCUAUACCCAAGCGCCACCAUCCUACGAUGCUGAAGCCUCCACCCAAGAGGCUCUUCUGAGUGGUGUUCCACGGAGCGUUGAUGACAACAUUCCGGAUGACUUCAAGUUUGGAGGAGUUGUCGCCGAGGCGACGCUGGACAUCCGCAUGGCAUUUAUUCGAAAGGUCUACGCGAUAUUGACUGUUCAACUCCUCGCGACAGCAGCUCUUAGCGGUAUCUCGAUGGCAAGCGACUCAUACAAGCACUGGGUUCAGACCCACCAGUGGAUGAUGUGGAUAUCCCUUUUCGGAGCUAUGAUCUUUCUUGGACUCACCUUCUGGAAGCGCAAGUCAUACCCUACGAAUCUCCUGUUCCUCGCCGGAUUCACAGCCAUGGAAGCCUACUCGAUUUCGGUCAUUGUAUCUUUAACGGACUCGAAGAUAGUUUUGGAGGCGGUUAUAUUCACAUUCGGUAUCUUCGUUGCCCUCAGCCUCUUCGCCUGCCAGUCGAAGUACGACUUCACGUCGUGGAUGCCAUACUUGUUCGGCGCUCUCUGGGUGAUGAUUCUCUUCGGAUUCAUGUCCAUGUUCUUCCCAUACAAUAACAAAGUCGACCUCGGGUAUGGCAUCAUUGCGGCACUCAUCUUCAGUGGCUACAUUCUGGUUGACACGCAGCUUAUCAUGCGCCAUUACCACGUCGAGGAGGAGAUUGCUGCUGCGAUUUCUCUCUACCUCGACAUUAUCAACCUGUUCCUAGCUAUUCUGAGGAUUCUGAACUCUCAGAGCAACAACUAAGCAGGGACGGACAUUAUAGUCAGGCGAGUGCAGCAGCGGAAGGGUCGGAAAGGAGAUUCUUUUGGUAUCAUGGGAUUUGCGGAGUUGCCGGAACACUGGGAUCUUUCACUCUCCCUGUCUUCUCGUAGGCCAGACUCAGGAAAGUGAUGGUAAUUUGGGUGCAUCAUCGGGAAGUGCAGGCCGUUGGAUUCUCUUCUUUGAAUUGCGUUUUACUGUUUAUUGUUUGGGUCUUGGGAGUGUGGCCAUUAGGGAAUUCUCCUGUGUAGGUGGUCCUCAUGAUCAACUCGCAUCAAUCUUGCCGUGCAUGCACCCGACGUUUAUGUGCAGUGUGGGGAGAUGUAACGCCAACACAUGGCACAAUGAUUGGCUGCAACGACGGGGAUCGCUCUCCCUUGACCACCAAGAUGUCGUCUUGGCGAG